GGCGGAUGGAAUGCGCAUGUUCUUGCCGCUGUGGAUGUGAUUUUGAUGAUUUCCGGUCUGGCCUAGGCCGGGCGGAAAGGGAAGCUGAAGUGGAUUAGAAGCAGAAAACAGUAAACAGAGUGGGUGGAAACUGAAGCAAUGGCCGUAAACGAGGGAAUGCUGAAAAAAAUGGUAUCAAAGUAUAAAUAUAGGGAUCUGACAGUGCACGAAAUCCUGAAUGUUUCCUCUGCCUAUAAAGACCUCAAGCCUGUGAUUGAUGCAUUUGUAUUUAACAAUGGUUCAUCUCAGGAGCUGAUGAGUCUCACUGGUACUAUCCCAGUCAGCUACAGAGGAAAUAUGUACAAUAUCCCUGUGUGCCUUUGGUUACUGGACACUUAUCCUUACAACCCUCCCAUCUGCUUUGUAAAACCCACCAGCACCAUGAUGAUUAAAACAGGAAAACAUGUUGAUGCCAAUGGGAAGAUCUACCUCCCUUACCUGCAUGAAUGGAAACAUCCACAUUCUGACCUGUAUGGGCUGAUUCAAGUGAUGAUAGUCAUGUUUGGGGAGGAGCCUCCAGUCUUUUCGAGACCAGCUGCACCUCCACAGUACCCACCGUACCAAGCCGCAGGACCUCCGACCACUUCCUACAUGCCUGGAAUGCCAGCUGGAGUUGCACCAUAUCCAUCUGGCCACACGAAUGCUGGUGGGUUUGCUGGAUAUCCAUAUCCCCAUUCAGCCUCAUAUCCACCAACCACAGGCACUGCACAGCAUCCUCCAUAUCCCAGCCAGUCUCCUGCUGCAGGUGUUGGUCCUGCCAGAGAUGGCACCAUCAGUGAGGACAUGAUUCGUGCUUCUUUGAUCUCUGCAGUUAGUGAUAAGCUGCGCUGGCGGAUGAAAGAAGAAAUGGAUCGUGCUCAGGCUGAACUUGAUGCCCUCAAACGAACAGAAGAAGACUUGAAAAAAGGCCACCAGAAGCUGGAGAUCAUGGUCAAUCACUUGGACCAAGAAAUGUCUGAGGUAGACAAGAAUAUUGAAAUACUGAGGAGAAAGGACGACGAGCUGAGUAUUGCCCUGGAGAAAAUGGAAAGCCAGUCUGAAAAUAAUGACAUUGAUGAGGUGGUUGUGCCGACAGCACCUCUCUACAAACAGAUUCUUAAUCUUUAUGCAGAGGAGAAUGCCAUUGAGGACACCAUUUUCUACCUGGGUGAAGCACUGAGACGUGAUGUCAUUGACCUGGAAGUCUUUUUGAAGCAUGUGCGUCUCUUGUCUCGUAAACAGUUCCAGCUUCGAGCAUUGAUGCAGAAAGCAAGAAAAACAGCUGGUCUUAGUGACUUGUACUGAGCAAUUCUUUGUGUGGCUCAAGUCAGGUCUGACUUAUUUUCUCUCUCACUUGUCUGCAAUUAACCAGUUUCAAAGAAAAAAGGAUAAGUUAUUGCAUAUUCCUACUGUAAAUUAUGUUGACUUUCUGAUUGAUUAUGUUUUCUUCCCUUUAAAAGUUUUUUGUUGGGGGACUUUGUAUUUACUUGUAGCCUCCUGGAGAAGCAACUUAGCAAUUGGAAUAAAGAUUCUUUAAAUUUCGAGCUUA